AUGGGAAUUAAACAUGAGUUCUCUGCACCUAUUACACCUCAGCAAAAUGGUGUUGUGGAGAGAAAGAAUAGAGUGCUUGUAGAGAUGGCAAGGGUGAUGCUAAAUAGCAAAAAUCUUGCUAAACACUUUUGGGCUGAAGCUGUCAAUACAGCUUGUUACAUCUCAAACAGGGUAUUUGUGAGGUCUGGUACCAAACAAACUCCCUAUGAGAUUUGGAAAGGAAAGAAGCCUAAUGUGUCAUAUUUUAAGGUCUUUGGUAGCACAUGCUAUAUUUUGAGAGAUAGGGAGCAUCUUGCUAAGUUUGAUUCUAAGUGUGAUAAGGGAAUAUUUCUAGGGUAUUCCACCUCAAGCCGAGCCUAUAGAGUGUACAACUGUAGGUCCAGAACCAUCAUUGAAUCCAUAAAUGUCACUAUUGAUGAUUUUGCUGCCUCUAUAGAGAUGGCAUUAGAUGAGGAUGGUCUUUUUCCUCCUCCUCCACUUGAGCAAGAAUCUCCAUGUCUGGAUCUUGUGGUUGACCUGUCAACUUUUGGAAAUUCUGUCCCGGUUGACCUGUCAACCCCUUCAACUUCUAGUUCCAUCUUCUCUGUCUAG